AUGCGUCGCCAACAAGAGCUGUUAAAGAGUAUUUUUUUUGAUUGGGGUAAAUGUCGUGAUGCGUUAAACAUGGAUCUUGAGCUUGCUUCGUCUAUAACAGGGGUCUCUAAAGAGACAGUUAGAGAAAAGAAUCGAGUUUGGCUUCAAGAAGAGGUUGCAAAACUACGUUGGAUGGGUGAGGCAAACAAAGCCACACAGCUGCGUGAUGCAUUUAUGCGACUUGAGGUUUACGGAUCGAGAGAUCAUAUGCUCCUGGAGCGCCUCUGCUGUAUAUACGGUCUGGGAUUGCAGGGGUCAUUUGAUGAUGCCUUUUCAAAUUAUAUUGUAGAAGAUCCAAUUACCAAGAGGGUUUUUGUUGAUGAGCAAAAUCCUUUUCGUGAAUUGCUUGCCCAUAUAAUCAAGAUCUAUCCUCAGAUAGAUGUAAUCUAUGAUUUCUUGGGGUUUAACCUUGUUGAGGGUUAUCGGUCGUCAUUGCGUCGAUAUCUAGAAGGAUUACAUUCUCGAUCAGGUCAAAAAGCAAAGUCAACAGGCCGAUUAGCUUUUGUUAAAGGGGAAAGUAUUAAUGUUCUCUUUGAUGUUUGCGAUAGUAGAGAGUCCUUGAUAUCCGGUGAAUGUGGGCAAGGUUUGCCAGACUUUCUUUACGCGAAAGGAACUGAUAUUACUCUUAUUAUUAUUGCCUCAGAGAACUCUUGGUUACGUAACCGUCGGAUACCUCACCGAAGGCAGAUGGAGGGAAUUGCAAGACGUGGUAGCUUCGUCAUGGGCAUUCCGUUUUCGGAGGUUCGUGUCCGAAACCUUCUUUUGCCACCAACUUACCUUGACAGGGAUUCGAUCGUUCGAAUAAAUGAGAUGAUUUUCGGUCUCUCAGUGGAAGAACAGAAAAUGCUUGUCCCCUGGUUGGCGAUGUACCACAAGGAGUUAGACUCCAAGGACGUUGAUUUCUGUUCACUCAUGAAGUCUACAAAUGAAGAAGAAUGGCUCACGCUGUAA